AUGGGAUGGAUUAAACCAAGAACAAUUGUUUUUAGAAUGGGAUGGGUUACAAUUGAUGAAAAUGAAUAUUUUCAAUUGUUAAAAAGAAAUUCAAGCAUACCAGUUUUAAAUGAUGUUGUUACAAGAAUUAGUGAAUCUAAUGACUACUAUACUUUAUCAGAUUUUAAAAUUGCAUUUAAUAAUAAAUCAAAUUUAAUGAUAGGAAUAUCAAAUGAUUUUCAUGAAAUUAAUAAAAUGUGGAAAUGGAUAAAUUUAAAUGUUAUACCCAAAGUCGAGCAAAUGAACCAGAAUGAUAUAAAUGAAAUAUUUGAAUAUUUAUCACUAAAGUUUACAUGUUUGGGAAUACAUGACGAAAACAAUAAAGAAAGAGAAAGAGAAAGAGAUCUAAAAGAUAAAGAUGUAAUAAAAAAAGAAAAAUCAUUCAAAAAGAAAUUUCAAUUUGAAAUAAACGAAAAAUUAAUAACCCAGUACUCUUGCUCAUUGGAAAAGAAACAUGGUUGCCUUUAUAUAUCAGAGAAUUACAUCUCAUUCUUUUCAAGAAUAUUCCCAACAAAAUUAUCGAUAUCAUUCAAAGAUAUCGUCGACAUGAAGAAGAAUUCAAAUUCUACUUUAAAGAUAUUAAUAAACUCAAUUAAAAUCCAAACAGAAUCAAGAGAGUACAUUUUCCACACAUUCUUUAAGGUUGACGAAACUUUUCAAAUUUUAGAGCAAUUAUGGAAAUUUACAAUUGACAGGAUGCUAUUAACCGCAGAGCUAUCAAAUAAUAAGGGUAUCACAAGCAAUAGUUUAAAUAAUUCAACUUCAAAUUUCACAUGCAAUGGCAAUAGUAAUAAUAUAUGUAACAGUAGUAGUAAUACACCCCUAUCUUGUUCAACUAUAAUCCCAAUAGUUUCACCAUCAAUUAAUAUUGAAUCACAACCAUACAAUAAUAGUAGUACAAGUUAUCAAAACCAACAAUCCAAUUUACACCAAUCACAACAAAUUUAUAAUCAAAAUUCAUUAUCUAUUUAUUCCACACCAAACAGUGGCACAACAAGUUUAAAAUCAUCGGGAUCAUAUUUCUUUAAUGCAACAUCUACUCAAAACACCACAACAAUUGAUUCAUUAUUUGGUACAUCAUAUGGCAACAAUAAUAAUACCAAUAUUAAUAAUCAAGCAGGAUCUCCAGAGAUUUUUUCCACGAAUACAAGUUUUCAAUUAAAUAGUAGUUUAUCAAUACCAAUAAUUAAUAAUAAUAAUAAUAGUAACAAUAAUAAUUUACUUAGUAGUAGUUUAUAUAUGCAGCCUUCAAUAUCCCCACUUUCAACAACUCCAUUAAGUUGCAGUAGUAAUUUUAUAUUUUUUAAUUCACCACCAACUUCAACAACACCAGGUCAAUUAAAUUUAUCAAGAGAUAAUAAUGUAGCAAAUGGUACAAAUGGUUUGAACUCUCCAAAUUUACCAAACUCACCAAAUAAUGGUCAAAUUAAUAGCAACAGUAAUAAUAAUAACAAUAAUAAUAAUAAUAAUAAUUUAUCAAUAAUAAGUAGUGUUAAAGAGUUAUUAAAUAAUCAUAAAAAAAAUGAAGAUUAUCAAGAUUUAUUUAGAUUACCAAAUACUGAAAUUUUAAUUGAUGAAUUCCAAGCAAGUUUAUGCAGAAACCAACAAUAUGAAAUCAUGGGUAAAAUAUAUAUUUCAAAUAGAUUUUUAUGUUUUGAAUCAACCGAUUCAAUUUUAAGUUUGCCAUUCAGAGAGAUUCAAUCAUUAAGCAAUGAAAAGUCAAUUGGUGCAAGAGGUAACACUAUGAAGGUUCAAUUAUAUCAAGGCAAUCAAAAACUUUAUUUCUUUUCAUCAAUUAUCGAUCAAAAAUAUGAUUUAAUUAGACAAAUAUGGCAAGAGGUUAAUAAUAUAAAUCAACUUUACCAACAAGCAGGUAUCAUUUUAAACCACAACUAUCAAGAUAUGCCUAUCCAUGUCGGCUUCACUAAAGAAUUAUUAGAUGACCGAAAAGAGUUUUCUUGUGACUAUCAACAGAAACAAUCAACACUCACUCAAUUAUGGGAACAAUAUUUUGCAUUUAAUGGUGAUGGUAUUACAAUGUUUAAAACAGAAGAGUUAAAAGGACUAAUUCGUUCAGGUAUACCAGAUCAAUUGAAAAGAAAAAUUUGGUUAUUAUCAUCAGGGGCACUUUAUAAAAGCUGUUGUCAUACACCAGAUUAUUAUCGUCAAUUACUAAUGACUCACCAAAAUGAAAGUAACUCAAGUACAAGUGAUAUCGAAAAGGAUAUACACCGUAGCUUCCCAAAACACUCAUUUUUCAGACCACCUGCUCAAAAGGGUCAAGAAUGUUUAAAAAAUAUUUUAACAGCAUACAGUUGGAGAAAUCCCUCAAUUGGCUACACCCAAUCAAUGAACAUUGUGGUCGCAGUAUUUUUAUUAUACCUCGAAGAAGAAGAAGCAUUUUGGUUACUUUGCACCCUAUGUGAAGAUUUGGUACCAGACUAUUAUAGACCAGGUAUGGUUGGUAGUAUUGCUGAUCAAAAGACUUUAGAAAAUCUCCUUGCAAUUUAUUUACCAUCAAUAGAUCAACAUUUAAAAAAAGUAAACUGCCCACUUUCAAUGAUUAUAUUACCAUGGUUACUGUGUUUAUUCAUUGGAUAUCUUCAAACCGAAUUAAGUUUACGUGUAUUAGAUUGUCUCUUUUAUGAAGGCCCUGAAAUUCUUUUCAAGGUUGCAUUGGCUUUCUUUAAGGUUAACGAACAAAAUAUUUUAGAUUGUAAAUCAGCUGAAGAUAUAUUAUUGCUCCUAAAGACCCCAGUUAAAAACCCAGAGUACCUCUUAAACGUUUCAUUCCAAGACUAUGAUAAUUUGCAAUCAGAUAAAAUCGAACAACUUAGAAAUACAAAUAAAAUAAUGGCAAUUAAAACCAUGCAGGUUUCAAAUAAAAAAUCAAAAAUACGUGAUUGGGUAGAGAAAUAUGCACCAAUUAUGACAACAUCAGAUGCAGAGAAACUAUAUGACUAUUUCCAAUCAUCUGCCUCUUUAUCACCAAACAAAUUUGGUAUUUCAAAACAAAAGUUUACAGAAAUCUCAAGAGAUAUACUUCCAUUACCCUGGAAAAAUAGAAAUGAUAUUAUCAAUUUAAUAUUCAAAUUAUUGGAUGAAGAUUUGGAUGAUUUAAUUGUAAUAGAUGUUUUUAUUCACAUGUUAAUUAAUGUUUCGAAAGGAAAUUAUUUAGAAAGAUUAAAAUAUGACAAUACAAUUAAUGUUCAAGAAUUUAAAUCAUUAUUAGAUGCCUAUAUUGGUUUAAUUAAUCCGCAAAAAUCAAUAUCAUUCUCUGUAUCUUUACAAAUCGAUUCAUUUGUUGUGCAUCAUUUAUCAUUAACUGAACAUGAAUGUAUAUCAUUUGAAAAAGUAGAGUCAUACUUGGACGAAGUUUUAAAGUUCUUUGAUAUCGAUUCAAAUAAAAUUUAUCCAAUAUUAAAUUAUCGUGAUUAA